UCAAAUCACCAGACAUUCAAAUUCAAAAAAAUUCGUUUGGAAAAAAUAUCGGCAAAAAAAAGCAGAUAAUGGAUUAUAAUGCUUUGAGAAGUAAAUGACGAUCCAAUUUUACUUGAAAAUGGAAGUUGAUAACGAAGCGAAAUUGGAUAUUUCAAUUAAAGAGGAGGAAAUUACGAUAGAUCAAAAGGAUUUGAGAGAAUUGCAAUUACCGGAUGAUUAUACUUAUCAUGUUAAAACUAUAAAAUUAGAAGAAAAAUCAUCUGAUCCAGAUUAUGUCAUAAAUGAUCUUAACUCUACUUCAUCAUCAGAAGACGAGAAAGUUUCGAAAUCCAUAAUGUAUUUUUGUCAAUAUUGUACCUUCAAAACGAAAUACGGAGGUAACUUAAAACAGCAUCAAAAUUCGCUACAUCUGGGAAAAGUUGAACUCUGCCAGUUCUGUGGAAGAAAAUAUAAAGAUCGUAGUAAUUUAAACCGUCAUAUUCGAAUAGAACAUCUAAAAUUCAAAAGAUACAUCCAAGCUGUACAGAUGCAUAACUGUAUCUAUUGUGAUUUCACUACUAAUAGGAAAGAAAACCUUCAGACUCACUUGAAUUCAUUGCACACCUUAGAGAACAUAUUUUCUUGCAAAUUUUGCAGUUAUGUAGGAACCCGUAUAGACUCUUAUCGUAGACACAUGCAAGCCAUCCACACUCCAAAGAAAAAACAUUAUGAAUGUACCCGCUGCAGUUUCAAAACUUUGAGGAGAGAUUUAUUUGAUUUGCAUUUCAGUGAGGACCACAAAGAGAUCAAGAUUUUUCCAUGCAAGUUUUGCCAUUACAGAGCAACUUUUGCCUGUAAUUUGAGAAGGCAUAUUCAAAGAAAACAUUCUUGAAGAUAGGUCAGUUGUUUUUCAUAUUGUUUAUUGUUAUUUGAUUGAAGUAGUUUUUUUUAUUGUUUUUUGUUAUUAUGCCAGAAAGAUAUAUUUUAUUUGUUAUGUGGACUUUAUUACUAUAUACAAUCAAUCUUUAAAUUGUAGAGUACAAAUUCAUAUAUGCAAUAAAAGUUUUAUGUUGAUCAAUAAUAUAAGGGAGGUUCAAAUGGAAAACACAUAAUGUUAUCUGCAUGAUGAAGUUGAUUAUAUUCCAUAUAAUUGUC